AUGUCGUCGCUCACCAAUGGCGUCAAAGAGAACCCAUAUCUUGCUCACCUUCCUCCACAUCAGAGACGUACUGGAUCUUCAACUCCUCCGACUACGAAAGAACCGCUGUAUGGAUUCCUACCUCGAAAGGUGAAGGGUGAACAGGUUCGACGGGUGCUGGAGGGCGAUGUGAACCCAUUCACGAAGCAGCCGCAUUCGGCUUCCUACAAAAAGAUUUUAGAAGCGCGAAAGAAGUUACCCGUAUAUACUCAAAUGGACGACUUUUACAAAAUGUUUACCGAUAACCAGGUGAUUGUCAUGGUUGGUGAAACUGGGAGCGGAAAGACAACGCAAAUUCCACAGUUCGUGGCUUACUCAGAUCUGCCACAUACAAAGGGCAAAUUGAUUGCUUGCACACAGCCUCGACGAGUUGCUGCAAUGUCAGUCGCCAAGCGUGUUGCGGAUGAAAUGGAUGUGCAACUUGGAAAGCACGUGGGUUACUCUAUUCGUUUCGAAGACAUGACAGAACCAGGGACGACUUUCCUAAAAUACAUGACCGAUGGUAUGCUUCUGCGUGAAGCGAUGAACGACCCGGACCUUCAGCGCUACUCGACUGUAAUUCUUGAUGAGGCACACGAGCGUACAUUGGCCACGGAUAUCCUCAUGGGUCUUCUCAAGGAUCUAACAAAACGACGAAAAGAUCUAAAACUUAUUGUCAUGUCUGCCACCCUCGACGCCGUUAAAUUCCAGAAAUAUUUCGGCAACGUCACAUCUGAAACGUCUGGCCCAGCACCGUUGUUCAAAGUUCCUGGUCGUACACAUCCUGUCGAGGUGUUUUAUACGCAGGAGCCAGAACCCGACUACGUCGAAGCGGCUAUCCGAACCGUAUUAAUGAUCCAUCGUUCCGAGGAUCCAGGAGACAUAUUGCUCUUCCUCACAGGCGAGGAAGAAAUAGAAGAUGCUUGCCGGAAAAUCAAGCUGGAGGCAGACGACUUAACAAAUCAGGAUCCCGAGUCGGUUGGUCCGUUAACGUGUAUCCCACUAUACUCGUCUCUUCCGCCGCAACAACAGCAACGCAUCUUCGACCCCGCUCCCCCACCACGAGCUGAGGGCGGUGUACCUGGGCGCAAGGUCGUCGUGUCCACAAACAUUGCCGAGACGUCUCUCACUAUAGAUGGUAUCGUAUACGUUGUCGACCCAGGCUUUUCCAAGCAGAAGGUGUACAACCCUCGCAUCCGUGUCGAGUCCUUGCUCGUUUCUCCUAUUUCAAAAGCUUCGGCACAGCAACGGGCUGGUCGUGCGGGACGAACUCGACCUGGCAAAUGUUUCCGAUUAUAUACGGAGAAAGACUUCAUGUCGGAGCUUGAGGAACAAACACAUCCGGAGAUUCUCAGAAGCAAUCUAGCGAAUACGGUUCUAGAAUUGGUAAAAUUGGGGAUCAAAGACCUUGUUCACUUUGACUACGUUGAUGCCCCUGCGCCGGAGACGCUCAUGCGAGCUCUUGAGCUCUUGAACUACUUGGCCGCUUUGGACGACGAGGGUGGCCUUACCGCCCUUGGAUCGAUAAUGGCGGAGUUCCCGUUAGACCCUCAAAUGUCCAAGAUGCUAAUCGUCAGUCCUGAGUUCCAGUGUAGUAACGAAAUGUUGACUAUAGUGGCCAUGCUCUCCGUUCCCAAUGUGUUUGUAAGACCACCCAAUGCACGGAAGGAAGCAGAUGCUGCGAAGGCUAUUUUGUCACAUCCAGAUGGCGACCACCUGACGCUUCUUAACGUGUAUAAUGCCUACAAGCAAAACCUGAGCGACAAGAAUUGGGCAUGGACGAAUUAUCUUUCUGCUAGGGCGCUUGCCCAGGCAGAAAACGUUCGAACGCAGCUCGAGCGUAUUAUGGAGCGCUUUGAGAUUGAGCUUGUUACGACACAGGACGAACGCAAGUUCUACGAGAAUAUACGAAGGGCGCUUGUAUGCGGGUACUUUAUGCAAGUCGCACACAAGGAGGGAGAGAAGGGGAGUUACUUAACUGUUAAGGAUAAUCAGGUCGUCGCGUUGCAUCCGUCAUGCGGAUUAGAGACUCAACCGGAGUGGGUCAUCUUCAACGAGUUUGCUCUAACGACGCGUCCAUAUCUUCGCACAGUGACCGAGAUACGACCCGAAUGGCUUCUUGAAUAUGCACCAGUCUACUUCGACUUAAGCAAUUUCCCUGAUGGCGAGACAAAACGCGCACUCGCACGUACACUGAACAAGCGGAUGGGUAAGGCUGCACGGGUAAACGACGCGUCGGAUGGGCGCUCGAAGAAAAAGCCGAAGACAAAGUAGAGGCUUUCUUGUUCUUUAUCUCCAUGUUUGCUUUUCUGCUGGUACGAUCUUUCGCAUACGAGUAUCUGUUGGUUGUUAUUUCUUGUAUUGUGUUAUUCCCUGCGUAGAUGACGUAGAUGGUACUGAUCAAUGCUGCAGGCUAAAUUUACUUGAAGUUAGUUAUCGC